AUGUCUUACGCCGAGCUCCUGUCCCUGGCGUCGAAAUACUUCAUCGGCGUCGUCGCGACCUAUUGGCUCGCCGUCUUCGCCUAUCGACUUCUUCUCCACCCCCUACGAGACUACCCGGGUCCCUUCAUAGCCAGACUCACAGAGGGCUAUGCCGGCUUCUACGCUGGCACCCGACGACUUCACCUAGUCACGCAGCAAGGGCACCGCAAGUAUGGCCCGGUGUUGCGAAUUGCCCCCAAUCGUCUCGUCUUCAAUUCGGCAAAGGCAUUGCAUGACAUCUACGACAAUGACAGGCUCGUCAAAUCGGCGCGAGUGUACCUCGUCACCCUGGGCUUCACCGGCACUAUCAAUGUCUUCAGCGUCAUCGACAAGGCGGUCCAUCGUUCCAAGCGGAAGAUGAUCGGCGCUGGUGUCUCGGAGCGAGCCAUGCGAGAAUUCGAGCCCACGAUGGCCGACCAGAUCGACAUUUUCCUCAAGCAGAUACUGGAAUCGAGCGAGAAGUCGAAUGUCGUCAACAUGUCCGAGCGCAUCUCCCGUCUCACGAUGGACGUGAUCGGACUGCUCGCCUUUGGGUAUCCCAUGAAUACGCAGACUGAGGAGCGAUACCGCACAUUGCACACAGGCAUCGGCGCCAGCAACGCCCACAACAACAUCCUGAUGCACUGGCCGCGCCUUCAGUCCAAGGUCAUCGCCUACCCUCUGCAUUAUCUCACAUGGUUCGCGCAAAAGCAGGCUUUCGAGCUGAUAGAGAACAUGAUCAAGACUCGCACGGCGCAAGGCGCCAAUGCUAAGCGCGACCUGUACGCACAAGUGGCUGAUCAACUUGAGGCCAACCCCGAGUUUCGGUUGAGUGAUAUCUGGUCCGAGGGUUUAUUCCUAAUUCCAGCUGGCGGUGACACGACAGCUGCAGCUAUAAGUGCGCUGCUGUUCUACCUGUCGCGCAACCCGGAGUGCUAUCGUAAGCUGGCGGACGAGAUUCGUACCACAUUUACCAACAGCAGCGAGAUCCGCGGUGGUCCCCAGCUUUCAGGCUGUCAAUACCUUCGCGCGUGUAUCGAUGAAGCUCUACGGAUAUCCUCACCGGUCAAUGGCACGCUGUGGCGAGAGCUGGCAGCGGACGACGAUGGCAGCAAGCCGCUGAUCAUUGACGGUCACAUCAUCCCGCAGGGUGUCCAAGUCGGAGUCAACAUCUACACACUCCAUCAUAACCCUGAAUAUUUCUCCGACCCUUACGCGUUCAAGCCUGAGCGAUGGAUAGAGGGCGACGAGAGCGAGCAGCGUCGUAUGAGGCAGGCAUUCACCCCCUUCCAGAUCGGCUAUCGCGGAUGUGCUGGAAAGGCCAUGGCCUACCUGGAAGCCAGUCUUGUCGUGGCAAAGCUACUCUGGUACUUUGACUUCGAAGCAGCACCGGGAGAGGCAGGCCAGCUAGGCGGCGGCAAGGUUGGGGAUACUACUGGCAGGCACAGGCCUGGCGAGUAUCAGAUGUACGACAUCUUCGCCUCAUCGCAUGAUGGCCCGAACCUGAUGUUCCAUUCCCGCGAUGGGAAGUGUGAGGAGCUUGCUGCGAAAUGA